UUUGAACUGGUUUUGGUGAGCAGAGUUCCGGGAAUAAUAGAUAAUACCGUUAAUUUGCAGACAGAGGCAACUGCUGGUCCCUCAUGAAUGUUCUAUAUGUCAGUGUGCGCUAUAUCGGAAUACUUUCAUUUGUGUAUUUACCAGGCUCAGUUAACAAGUGCUAUGCUAAUAAGACAUUAUCUCUCGAUUCAGCACUAACAUUACUGUUAGGUCUCCCAUCAGUUUUGGUAACAGAUGUAGGCACUGUUAUUGGCCUUGCACAACGGUGGACGAUUUUCAUUGUAAAUAUCAUGCUGGAUGAAUACCAUGCAAGUCAUCAUAAUUACUCGGUUAUAUGUCAUGUGUCAGCGAUCCAGAAUGAUGUCCAUCUUUCUCGUUGUGAUCUCCCUGGCUGUCAUGAUUGCCUGCGUAGUGAUCGUCGCAGUAGCAAGCAGCCAUGUUUCAGGGGAGGAGCUUAUCCUCUCCGGCACCUAUUGGUGUGUUCUUGACGGAGACUACCCACUUCUGACAUCUGAGACUUGGAUACUCGGCGCGGUAUGGGGGGUAUUCGCACUAUGUCUUGCAAUCUGGAUUGCUGUAAAACACUUCCAUGUACAACGACCAUCGACAGAAGGGGAC